AUGGCUUCCGAAUCCGCCAGCGCAUCUCAGUGGGUCUCGCCGUCGUCGCGACCCGAGCACAUCGAACAGCUCAUCUCGGGCGUCGACCGAUACAAUCCUCAGAACCUCGACGUCUUGCACGACUACCUUGCCCAGCAGCUCGAUGACGGCUCGUACGACCUCCUUGCAAACCUCGCCAUCCUCAAACUCUACCAAUUUAACCCCGCCGACUUCAACUACGUGGUCGUGAUCAACAUCCUGCUCAAGGCGCUCGUUGCUGCCCCUCUGCCCGACUUCAGCCUCUGCCUCUCCUUGCUCGGCGAGGCGCCAUUGCCCACAAUCCCGGUCAAGGCCGAGAAGGAGGCCAGCGCCACUAACGCAGAUGACGCCGCUUCGCUCGCCGGCGAAGACGAUGAGGACGACGUGGUCGAGAAGCCCAAGGACGUGGCCUCUGCGGGACACCUGACCGACCCAUUGAUUGUUCGCCUCUCGGAGCUGAACACGUUGCUCUUCCAAGCACGAUUCCGCGAGUUCUGGUCGACGCUCGCAAGCGAACCAUACUCGGAUGUGCGCGAGUACGCCGCCAAGAUCAGCGAGUUCGAAAAUGCAGCACGCAAGGUCGCCCUCAACUCGGUCAAGGGCUCAUUCACCUCGAUCAGCGAGAAGCGCAUCGGCAGCUACCUCAACCUCUCGGGCUCGCAGCUGCAAGAGUUCAUCAACGCACAACCGGGCUGGAAGCUCGCCGAGGGGACUGUCAGCGUGCCGGCCAACCCGGACAACGAGAUCAAGGCCAGCGUCAUCCGCGAGGAGAUCACGCUAGACCAGAUGCACAAGUUCCUCGCCCAGGCCCAGUCGCCUCUUUUGCGCGCAUAG